AUGGUUCUAGCCAUGUUUAGACGUGGGAAAAGAUUAUUGAAGCAGUCAAGCAGUACAUCCAAUGCUCGAUUACCAGUUUUGGUUGCAUUGCUGCUUCUAGUAAUGUUACCCGACUCGCCUAAAGCAGUGCUCUUCUUGGCACAUGGUUGUAAUGGUAGAGCAGCAAACUUUUGGGAUAAGACACCCAAAUGCUCGAACUGUGUUGGUUUACCUGAAGAGAGGCUCAUUGUGAUGCAUGCUUUGGCUAGAAAGUUUGCUGUCAUCGCCAUAACGAGUGCUGGAAGAUGCUGGUCACUUGGGGAUGAAAGAUGGAUUGUUAAAGACAUCAUUGAGAGUUGGGUUGUGAAACAAAAUCUUGAAAAGCUGCCUCUUUUUGCACUGGGUGCUUCCUCGGGCGGAUAUUUUGUCUCAGUACUUGCCACAUAUAUGAGAUUCAGGGGUAUUACUCUAAUGAUUGCUGAAGGGGUGUUGGGUCACAAGGAAAUUACAACGGAUUACCCACCUAUACUUUUUGUUCACAUGCCCAAAGAUGAAAAUAGGAGGCGGAGGAUAGAAAAGUACUUAAUAGUUCUGAAGGAGAAAGGCGUUGAUGUUUCAGAAAUUAAAUGCAUGGAAUUCCCUUUGACACCUGAUUUCUUUGCUAACAGAAUCACGGGUCUUGAUCUAACCCUUUCGAGAAAGUUGUUCGAUUUGUUUAAGGAAAAGGGCUUUAUUGACAAAAAUGGUUAUAUGAGAGAUGAUGGGCGUAAAAUACCUUGGAAAACAGUUCUUGAGGAGAGAAAUAUUCUUCUUCCAGAUAAAUCAUUGGUUAAUCACAUUCAGGAGGAAAUGAAUCUUGCAUUUGCUUAUCAUGAAAUGACUAGCUUGCAGUCUCUGCAAAUCUUUGACUGGUUUGAAUCUCACAUGAAUUGA